AUGGGUCCUAAAAAGCAGGGACAUCUACUUGAGAUCAUUGACGAGGAUGUGCAAUCGGUUAACGCGUUCCAAGGGAGAUUAAGGAAGAUUAGUAGCAAUUCUAAUGGUCAUCAAAAUGAUGAGGAUUCAAAUCAUGAUUCAAAGAGACGCAAGGUUCAUAAAGAUGGAUCAUCGAAAUCUAGUGGUAAAGAUAAUGAUCAUCAUGACAUAAUGGAAGGAAUAAGUCAAGAAGAUUUCAGACAAUACCAUAAGGCCAAGGAUAGAGUACGAAAUUUCUACAAGGAGCAGCAUGAGAUGCAAACCAUGGCAUAUAAUUUGCAAGCUAGAGUAAAUUACAAGACAAAGACCAGGGCAAAGAUGACAAUUUGGGACGCCCUUUGUAAAUUAAGCGAACUGAUAGAUGACUCUGACCCCGAUACCGAAUUAUCACAAAUUGAUCAUGCUAUUCAAACUGCGGAAUCUAUAAGAAAGGAUGGUAAACCAAGAUGGAUGCAACUUGUCGGGUUAAUCCAUGAUUUGGGGAAAAUAUUAUAUUUCUUCGAUAGUGAAGCUCAAUGGGAUGUUGUUGGCGAUACUUUUCCUAUUGGAUGUCGAUUUGCAGAGGAAAACAUAUUUUAUGAAUUUUUCGAAGGUAACCCAGAUAAUUCCCAUCCCAUUUACUCUACCAAAUAUGGAGUGUAUGAACCCAAUUGUGGACUAAAUUCAAUUCUUAUUUCUUGGGGCCAUGAUGAAUACAUGUAUUAUAUCGCCAAGAGUCAGUCCAUAUUAAAUGAAAAGGCACUCGCGAUGAUACGAUAUCAUUCAUUUUACCCUUGGCAUCGUGAAGGUGCCUAUAGAUACUUAAUGAAUGAAAAGGAUUGCGAAUUACUCGAAGUGGUACAAGAUUUUAAUAAAUACGACCUAUAUUCCAAAUGCUCUCAAAAGUACGAUUUAAAGGAGCUAGAAAAAUACUACAGGGAUCUAAUUGACGAAUACUUCCCACAAAAGUAUGUAGAAUUUUAA